AAAGAUUUAGGAGUGAUAGUUGACAACAAAUUCAACUUCAAUCUUCAUAUCAACGACAUCACUCACAUGGCUUCUUUUUGUGCACGCUCACUCAUCAGAUGUUUCAUCUCCAGAAAUAAAGAUCUACUUAUGAAAGCUUUCUGCACGUAUGUACGACCACUAGUAGAAUAUUGCUCACCAGUUUGGAGUCCGCACUACAAGUAUCAAGUAUCAAGUGAUCAAGAUUGA